UCAGUUGCUGCCUGUCCUCCGUCCGAUCUUCUGCUACUGCUGCCCACCAGGAGGGACAGAAGGACCAGAGACAAGCAUGUCGGACCAGUCUGCGUUUGACACGGACGUAUGGACCCUGACCCGGUUCGUCAUAGAGACCGGGCGUCAGGCCAAGGGGGCAACCGGUGAGCUGACCCAGCUCAUCAACGCCAUCCUGACCGCCAUCAAGGCCAUUUCCUCUGCUGUGCGGAAGGCAGGCCUGGCCCACCUGCAGGGCUUGGCGGGCACAGUGAACGUGACGGGGGACGAUGUGAAGAAGCUGGACGUGCUGUCCAACGAGAUGGUCAUCAACAUGCUGCAGGCCUCCUACAGCACCUGCUGCAUGGUGUCUGAGGAGAACAAGGAGCUCAUCAUCACUCCCAAAGACAAGAGAGGAAAGUAUGUGGUCUGUUUUGACCCUCUCGACGGCUCCAGUAACAUCGACUGCUUGGCUUCUAUCGGCACCAUAUUUGCCAUUUACAAACGGGUAUCAGAGGGAGAGCCCACAGAGAAAGACGCCCUGCAGCAGGGUAAUAACAUCGUGUGCGCAGGAUACACGCUGUACGGCAGCGCCACCCUGGUGGCCCUCAGCACCGGCGCCGGCCUCAACUUCUUCAUGUUGGACCCUGCCAUCGGCGAGUUCAUCCUGACUGAGAGGAACGUGAAGAUCAAGCCCAAAGGGAAGAUCUACAGUCUGAACGAGGGCUACGCCAAGUACUUCCACCCCUCCAUCAACGAGUACCUCAAGCACAAGAAGUACCCAGAGGAUGGCAGCGCCCCGUACGGAGCUCGUUAUGUUGGCUCUAUGGUCUCAGAUAUUCACCGCACCAUCGCCUACGGAGGGAUCUUCAUGUACCCCGCCAAUGAGAAAAGCCCCAAAGGAAAGUUGCGGUUGUUGUACGAGUGCAAUCCCAUCGCCUUCCUCAUCGAGCAGGCGGGAGGCCUUGCAACCACCGGCACUCAGAGGAUCCUGGACGUUCAGCCUGAGGCGCUGCACCAGCGGGUUCCCUUCGUGGUCGGCUCCCCCGACGACGUCAACGAGUACCUGGAUUUUGUCAAGAAGUACCAGUGAUUUACGAUAACAAAGUUUUUAUGAAAGGCCAGAAUUUUGUUUUAUCAUGCCAAUAAAUCUCUAUGUAACAUGUGUGAGAUCAGAAGAUAAUUUUUUUUCAAUUAUUAUUCAAGAGUGAGAUGUUAAAUCUCCCAGAAAUCUUAGGACAUUACUUGAAUAUUAUAAUAUGAAAUAUAACAUCAAAACCAGAAUAUUUCUCUGUAAUGGAAGAAUAAUUGUGCUACUCAUACAUGAAAUAUUGUAACAUAAUAACAUAUUUUAAUUUAUCAUCAGAAGUGUGUCCUGUAUGGGUUUCUAUACAUGCAGCUUAUCCUUUUGAAAGACAUUAAAUGCAGCAUUUUUCAAAAUAAA